UAUAAAUAGCACAAGUCAGUGCUUGUUCUGUGUGGAUGAACUGUUUUACUUGAAGCAAAGAAGAGCAUUGCAGAAUCCAAAGCCGAGUAUAAUGAUGAAUCGGCCAGCAAAUGUCGUAUUAGCUUUACUCCUGUUUUGUGUAAGUGGUACAACUGGAGCAGCAGUAAAGCGUCGAAGUCUUGGACCAGCCCAACCGUGCUCGCCAGAUGUUUGCAAGCUCCCAGAUUGUCGGUGCAGUGGCAUAGACAUACCUGGAAACUUGCAGAGAGAAAAAGUCCCCCAGAUGAUCAUGUUGUCUUUCGACGAUGCCGUCAACGGACAGGUAAGUUGGUUAAAUUCUCUGUAGGGGUUAAUUACGAAAGGUACAUACAAGACACUGAUUGCUCAGAUUUUAUCCGUAGCAGAUUUGCCAAUCGUUGCUGUCGUGUCGUCUCUCAAAUUCAGCGGAAGGAAAAAAAAAUGAAGAAAGAAAACAUUUCCGUGUGGAUAGUCUCUGGAAAUUUGUAAUCGAGUAUUUAUUUUGUUUUUAUUCAAAACGCAUGCUUUCAACGAUAUGCAUGCCGGAGUGUACGUCACUCGAUCUUCAAGCGCUGGUGAGUUUAUUGACACCGCCGGGCUAAUUCUUCUCUUGACAUUCUGACCCGUAACUGAGAUGUAAUCACGUUCCAGAUUCCCUUCUCUCUGAUCAUGCUGCACAAUUUGUUUCGUGGGCAAGACUUCGUGUCGAGUUCGUGAGUCCGCUCUUUUUUUUUAGUCGUUUUCCCAGUGCGGUACUGAUUUGUCUUACACAUAGUGCUUUACGGAUCGAUGCAGGUGUUGGAGAUGGAAAGGAAGGGUGAAAUCGGGGCAAAGGGCGCUCUAGGGGGAAAUAACGCUACCCCCGUAAUCAGAUGGCACCACAGGAAGCCCAAGCGCAAUAUAAGGAAAAACUGUUUGAAAGCGAAGGUCCACGCAACGCGUAAAUAAAACUGACUGGUUCCUCUUCCCGGAUCUCUAAUUAAAGAGAUGUUGUAGCCAGACGUCAUUUGACUUGUAAAAUGAAACAAAAUGCAAGGCUGGCACUACGACAAAGGGCUGAUUUAUUAUAGGCCAAUAAUUAGCCUUCCUCAGGGCAAAACUAUACCGAGAAAAAAUAUUUUUUAACGGCUCCUAAAAUUGCAAUGUAAGGAUUUGCAUAGGAAACUAACUUACGACAAAUGUAUAAAAUAAAAUGGAUAAAAGUCAUCAAUGAAGUAUAAAUUUUGUUACCUGUUGUCGCUGGUCGUCUUUCUCCUGAGCGUGGCACAGAAACUGGCUAUCAAACCUGCUUUUAAAAUUGAUCCAAUGUCCUACAGAUUUCAUGUGAUUAAAGUUUGCCAUUGGCUUAAUUUAGUUUCGUUUUGUUACAGGUCAAUCCCUAUUAUGAAACCCUGUUUCGAGAUGGAGUACUACAAAAUCCAAACGGCUGCAAGGCAACAGCGACUUUCUUCGUCUCACAUGAGUAUACACAGUACGAAAUGGUACAAGCACUUUACCAUAACAGACACGACAUUGCAGACCACACCAUCUCGCACAGGACACCAACUUCGUGGUGGAAAUCGGCUAACUACAGCGAGUUGAAUGACGAAAUAGCCGGACAGAAGGAGAUACUACGAAAAUGGGGUCAAGUCAAAACGGAAGACGUCGUAGGGUUCCGUGUUCCGUUUCUACAGCUUGGUGGAAAUACCAUGUUUCAAGUUCUUUAUGAUAAUCACUUCCUCUACGAUUCGUCCAUGCCAACGAAGAAGUUUAUUGACCCUCCUAUGUGGCCGUACACCCUGGAAUAUCGAUCAACACAGGAAUGUGUUAUUCCACCUUGCCCGACUGGUAAGUCAGUUUCAACCCCAAAUAUGGGGCGUUUGCUCAUGUUGUAACGGCGCCAUUUUGGUGUACCCAAGCAGGUCAAACAGUCGAAGGAAUUUGCUGAAAAUCAGAGCUUCUUUCUCUGAAAGAAAGAUUUCAUAGUUUAACUACACUAACAUGGCCCUGUGAAGUUAUGUGCAGGUCAUUUUUGCCCAGUUCCUAGGCCCCCAAACUUCGAAGCGGUCGAUCCGUUCCGUAUCGAUCCUGGCACUUGAUGAGAGCGGAAAAAUGGGACCCAGUCCCUAUCGUCUCUACCCCGCAAGCAGAGGCCCUUCUUGUCUAAGAAGAUGGAAGGUCCUCUGCUCGCAGGGUACGUUGUCUCUGAGAUGUUGCCGAGAUGAGAGGUAAGCAAACUAAGGCCCGGUUCAGAAACCGAACUUUUCAUGUACCGAACCUAAUGCAUAAAUUAUUAUAACGUAUUUUGUAAGCAGUUAGACUGAAAUGAGCAUUUUUCGCCCCUUGAACUUAGUUCAGCUGCAAUUAAGAUCAGCGUCUGAAUCAAUUCAGCCGGUUCAAACAAUUUGUGUCAGCCUUGAUUCGAAUUAGAUUCGGCUCAUGAAAAGUUCGGCGUCUGAACCGGGCCUAAGCAAAACAGUUACCAACAAUUUUAGCGCAAUCUCCCAGCCACCAACAUCAUCAUCACGACCAAUAACAGCCGCCAGACGGUGUUUAUAUAGUUUUUUUUUUGUGGUUGUUGUUUUGUAUGGAUUUCACUAAUUUGGUCAUCAUUUAUUCAACAGAUUCAUUCCCAGGUCUAUGGGAGGUUCCAUUGAUUGAUUACAUCGAUUUAAAAGGGGGACCGUGUAGUAUGAUCGACGGCUGCUCGGCGCCAGCUAAUUAUCAGGAGACGUAUGAACUGCUGUCCAGAAACUUUGAUAGACACUAUAACUCCAAAAGUAGAGCACCAUUUCCCAUGUUCAUGCACGCUGGCUGGUUCACGAAACAUCCAUAUACACUUUCUGGUAAGUCAAUGAAAUAUACUCUUGUUUAAUGAGGAGCGAAAAUAUAUUUUUUCCCUUGUAUAAGCAAAGAUCAUUCAAGGCUUAUUGAAGCUGGUGAUUAAAUUACUCUUUGAAAUAGAGUGACCGGCGGAGAGCCCAUCUUAGAGUCAUAUUUUGCGUCUGAAUUUGCAAGAAAACAUUUUUUGUAAUCUUUCCAUUCAUUGUCUUUUUUUAAAAGUUACCAACAUAAUCACGCAGGAACGCUUGCAAAACAAUCUUUGUAAAAACGGCUUUCUCAGCGGUGUCUGAAGGUGUUAUAUCUAUACUCCAUAUUGUAGGGAAAGUUGUUUAAGUUCUUUUACAGAAAGCAUCACUGAAGCAUAUUUCUCUCCCCAUUCUCCCCUCGGAUUCGCAGUUCCUCUGCAAAAACUUUACACGCGCUAACCUCCUGCUACGCAAGCUACAACAGGAGAAAAUGUCGGAAUCAUAAAAGGUGAACGACUUGUAUAACGAAAAGACCUGAUCCUUUUUCUGCGGUUUCUUAAACCUUUUUUUUUCAGCAAUGAAAAAGUUCCUUCAAGAUAAGCUCUCUCAGGGAGACGUGUGGAUGGUCGGCAUCAAACAAGUCAUUGAAUGGAUCAAAACACCAGUCAGCCUUGACGACAUCGAAAAUUUUGCACCUUGGAAAUGCGACUCCCCUCCCCCACCCCCUGCUUGUAGCACUCCCAACGUCUGUAGCUUCCCCGAUGAUUCGCAUUACUUGUGGACCUGUACUCGGCCCUGUCCUGCACAUUAUCCAUGGGUUGGAAACCCGGAUGGAAAUUGACAGAAUGAGAUGAGGGUGUGUCCCGGCCGGAUGCACUGUUUCUUUCUUAGGCAAUUUCAUUUUUCCAAUGAAAUAAAAUCAGGAGCCAUAAUCGGGAUAAUGGCUCCGUGAUAAAAUGCUCUUAUUUGCUCGUAUGGAAUUCAUCAGUUCAUUGAUCAAACCGAUUAUAGGUAACUGGGUAAUAUUUGGAAUCAGAGUCUUGACUUUAUAGUAAAAUUUACUCCUGGUCAUAGAGUAUGUAGGACAUUGAAAAGAAAGUGAACUUCGUCUUUUAUUAGAUUGGAUUCACAAAAAGGGCAAUGCCUAUUACCCUUCGUAGUUUGAUUGUAUCAGCCUAUUUCUGUCAUUAGUUUGUGAUUGCUUAUUCGUAGUUUUACUAAAGCCCUUCUCCUCUCGCAGCUGUUCCUCUUGUUAAGUCUAAGUAACUAGAGGUAGUAUGAUCGGUUUUAAAAGAUCUAUAAAAUUCAAGUUUUUGAGAAUGUUGAAGAGUGUUUUGCCAAAAUGAGGUAUAUUCCUGUCUCAUUGAACUUACAUAGCUUUUUACCAUGGUGAUAUAUAAUAAAUCAGGGUUAAAGUCAGAAAGCUUAAACUAUUCUGACAUAUUCAUUAAAUGAGAGUGGAGCUGAGCCAUUUUUGUCAUUACAGUCUAAGUCAAAU